GAAGCAAUAGUGUGCCCUCCUUAAUCUGCCACCAGCAGCAAUGCAGCAACUCCUGCGCCCAGCUCUAUUCAAUCCAGCCUCAAACACGAUUCGUUCGGCACCGCGUUUCGGUCUAGGACUCGCAGCGUCGUCGUCAACCCGGGUGCAUCCGAGUGGCUGGACUUCCAUCACCACCACUACCGGCACCACUACUGCUAUCAGCGGUUCUGGCGUGCGUUACUGUCGUCGACGGGUUGUGCCAUCGGUCACGUCAUCAGCGUCGUCGUGGAAGCCGCAGUUUGUGCGUGAAAAAAGUACACUCCCGCCGUCGUCUUUGUGGUCCGGUCGCUCCGGUCAACCCAUCGGUGUAGUGUCGGAAGUUGAAAGGUCCCGAUCGGAAGUGCUGCAAAAGUUACGCACCUUUAGCACCGCCAGUAGUGACGUGUACCAAGCCGGCCAAUCCAAAAUGAAGUCCUCUAGUAAACCCGAAUUUCAACGACUGCCGACCAAUGUGUUACCGGAGCAUUACGAACUAUCGCUGAAGCCGGACCUGACGGCGCUUACCUUCGAAGGAUCCAGCACAGUGCAGCUGAAGGUAAACACUCCGACGGAUCGCAUUACGUUGAACGCGCAGGACUUGAAGAUCCUGAAGGCGACGGUGACGUUCGGCGGUGGUGGCGGCGGUUCGGCCGAACCGAUCGCCGCGAAGGACAUCGAGUUUGAUGACGGCCAGGAGACGGUGUGCUUCGUGUUUCCGGCGGAAAUUCCGGCCGGGGCCGCCUCGCUAGCGGUCGAGUUUACCGGCGUGCUGAACGACAAGAUGAAGGGCUUCUACCGGAGCAAGUACUUCACGGCGACCGGCGAAGAGCGGUACGCGGGCGUGACGCAGUUCGAGGCGACCGAAGCCCGCCAGUGCUUUCCGUGCUGGGACGAGCCGGCGCUGAAGGCCACGUUUGAUAUCACGCUGACGGUGCCGCGGGACCGGGUGGCCCUGUCGAACAUGCCGCUGCGCCAGGAAACCACCUCCGAGGACGGGUCACUGCGGGUGCUCCACUUCGACCGGACGCCCAUCAUGUCGACCUACCUGGUGGCGGUGGUGGUCGGUGAGUACGACUACGUCGAGGACCGGUCGGCCGACGGAGUGCUGGUGCGCGUGUACACGCCCGUCGGGAAGCGUGAACAGGGCCGCUUUGCGCUGGACGUCGCGACCAAAGUGCUGCCGUACUACAAGGACUACUUUAACAUUGCGUACCCGCUGCCGAAGAUGGAUCUGAUUGCCAUUAGCGACUUUUCCGCCGGUGCGAUGGAGAACUGGGGCCUGAUCACGUACCGUGAAACGUUCGUGCUGGUAGACCCAGAAAAUACGUCCCUCAUCCGGAAGCAGUCGAUCGCGCUGACGGUCGGGCACGAAAUCGCGCACCAGUGGUUCGGCAACCUCGUGACGAUGGAAUGGUGGACGCACCUAUGGCUGAACGAGGGCUACGCCUCGUUCGUGGAGUUCCUGUGCGUGGACCAUCUGUUCCCGGCGUACGACAUCUGGACGCAGUUCGUGACCGACAUGUACACGCGCGCCCUCGAGCUGGACUGUCUGCGCAACUCACACCCGAUCGAGGUGCCGGUCGGGCACCCGUCCGAGAUCGACGAGAUCUUCGACGAAAUCAGCUACGAGAAGGGCGCGAGCGUGAUCCGCAUGCUGCACCACUACCUGGGCGACGAGGACUUCCGCCGGGGCAUGAACAUCUACCUGACGCGCCACCAGUACCGCAACACGAGCACCGAGGACCUGUGGAAUGCGCUGCAGGAAGCGAGCAGCAAACCGGUCGGGGCCGUCAUGUCGACGUGGAUCAAGCAGAUGGGCUUUCCGGUGGUGCGUGUCCUGUCGUCGCGCCAGACGACGGGUGGAGGACGGGUGUUGCGUAUCGCACAGGAAAAGUUCUGCGCCGACGGGUGUCAACCGACCGAGCCGUUCCGCUGGAUGAUUCCGAUCAACGUGUCCACGGCGAAGGCGGCCAACGCAGUGUCGACGAUGCUCGAUGGCGAUACGGUCGAGAUUACGGUCGACGGCGUCGCGGAGGACGACUGGGUGAAGAUCAACCCCGGUACCGUGGGCUACUAUCGGACGCAGUACCCGGCCGAGAUGCUGGAACAGUUCCUUCCGGCCAUCAAGGACAUGUCGCUGCCACCGCUCGACCGUCUCGGGCUGAUCGACGACCUCUUCGCGCUGGUGCAGGCCGGUAAAAGCUCCACCGUCGAUGCACUCAAGGUGAUCGACGCGUACCGCAACGAAAGCAACUACACCGUCUGGUCGUCGAUCUCGAAAUGUCUGGCGAAGUUGCAGCUUCUGUUGGCCCACACGCCGAUCGAGCAGGAGUUUAAUGCGUACGGUGUGAGACUGUACCGGCCGGUGGCCGAGAGCCUCGGCUGGGAGGUUAAGCAGGGUGAAAGCCAUCUCGAUACACUGCUCCGAUCGCUUGUCCUCAGCCGGAUGGUGUCGUUCCGGUGUCCAAAAACCGUUGCCGAAGCGAAACGAAGAUUCAAGGAGCACGCGGAGGGCAAGUGCGUUCUCCUGGCCGAUCUGCGCAGCUCGUGCUACAAGGCGGUCCUCCAGAACGGCGAUCUGGAAACGUACAACGAGAUGCUGCGCCUGUACCGGACGACCGACCUGCACGAAGAAAAGGAUCGCAUCUCGCGUGCCCUCGGCUCGAUCGGCAACGUCGACAUCCUGCGCAAGGUGAUCGAGUUUGCGAUGUCGGACGAGGUGCGCGCCCAGGACGCGGUCUUCGUGAUCGUGUCGGUGGCGAUGAAUCCGCGCGGCCGCGACAUCAGUUGGGACUACUUCCGGGAGCGCUGGCAGGUGCUGCUCAACCAGUACGAGGGAGGCUACCUGCUCGCCCGGCUGGUCAAAUACCUGACGGAGAACUUCUCGACCGAGGAGCGGGCACAGGAGGUGGAACAGUUCUUCCGCGAGCACGAGUUCCCCGGCACCGAGCGUACCGUGUCGCAGUCGAUCGAAACGAUUCGCCUCAACGCGGACUGGCUGCGGCGCGAUCUCGACGCCAUCACCGCCUACCUGAAGCAACAGAAGUAAUCCAUCGGCCGGCCGCUCGACGGGUUUCUACAGUCGCGAUCACCAAAAUGCCCCUCAACCGUGUGCCAUCGUCCUAGAGAAACGGGGUCCUGCCGCGGAGCGUGCGACAGCCGGAUCCUGGACAGAGAGAUGCAAUCGCCCGGGCUCGGCUCUUGUGUGUGCGUGUAUGUGUGUAAAAGGGAAGCGCGGUGCUUCCCCCGUGUGAAUAUGCGUUGUGUGCAUGCGUGUGUUUAGUGCAUUUUUCGCACAAUGGUUUUCUGUUUUGUUACUUCGUUUGUUAUCUUAGAGAGUAAUUUCGCUUGCGUAGCGUAACGGUCGGCGACCGGAACCGACUAAAGUUUCACAGGCAUGGCAGAAGCGCGCGUUCAUUUUUCUAGUUCGUUUCCAUUUUUGUUGCUUGUUUAUUUCGUUUGGCUUUUGCGUUCCAAAAGAAAUGCCUGUAUCGUUACUUUUUCCUUUCCAUUGCAUUGCAUUUAAACCAAAGUACGCACGGGGAGAAGGAAUGUAGAGCCCUUUGGGCUAGGAAGCAGGAAGGCCACUUCGUUGCCCCAAAAAAUAUUGACCGCGAUCCUCCUCGGGUUCGUUGCCUUUUUCCCCUAUCUAUUUAUGUGUGCCCGCGUCCUUGCGUACGACACUGAAAAGCAACACCAAAAGUACGCAAAAUCAUAAAUCACGCUAUCAAAAUAUGCAAACGAGGACAAUUAUCACAUGAAAGCAGCUCCCCGAAACAGGUGGAGCAAAAGCAGUACACCCUAAGUUUGUAUUUUAACGAGC